AUGUCUUCAUUACCUCGCCCUCCAGGCGCACCAACACGCCGAAGUAGUAGCAACAGUACUUCCUAUGGCAAAACGACAACGCCAAGAACACCAUCGCCACAAGUCAUAAAAGGGACAACUCGUCACAUUUCCUCUGGGAGCUUGCCACCUCCUCCCACCAUGGUCUCUCCAAAUCCAAAGAAGGGACAGUCAUCAAACUACGCACAGAACUUAUCCCGCAGUAUGACUAUUGAAGAAAUGCGAGAACUGCAUCGAAGGGCCCAACGAGAUGCUGAAGCCAAGCAAACUGAGCUUCGAUUGGUUUUGGCAUCUAGGUAUAGAGAGUUGGUGGGAAGCAGUGAUGAAGUCACCAAAAUGGGGGAAAGAGCACAAGAGCUUCAUGAAUUGGUACACGCAUUGCCAGAAUUAAUGGGGAAACUGAUUCAAUGCGCUGAGGAAGACGCUUAUGAAGAAGCAAAAGAUGCUGGAGAGGAAGCCAAAGAAAUUGACAAAGUCACUAUUUUGCGACAGGAUUUGGCGGCAUUGCCUAGACGAGUGCAUCGAGCAUUGGACACGAAUAAUGUUCAUGAGGCAACGGUAUCCCUACUUUUGCUAUUCCGUUUGAUUGCUGAGCAAACACAAGACUUUCCAUUGGCUUCGGCUUUGGCAACGGAUAUUUCCUUUAGCCCGGUUCCCAACUCCAAUUCCAUGUUACAAGCGCAAAUAAAAAUGACAUUUCUGCACGUCCAAACACUUCCAGCGAAGAUUACUAGGCAAUCUACAACGAUUUUGGACUCGGCGGCAUCCUUUGGAAGUACACCAGAGUUCGGUGCUGAGACUUCAGCAGCCGCAUUGUCCACUUUAGAUUUGUUGGAUAUUGCGGAAAAGAAAGAACGAACUACCAAGCUUCUUGACAUGUACUUUGAUUCCAAGGCUGCAUUACUUCAGGGAUUUCUAACUGAAUUGAACCCUUCCAACUCGGAUGACGGUGGCACUGACAAUACUGAGGAAAUCCUCUCCAAGAUUGUCUUGAUUCUGCAGUACGAUAUCAUCUUGCACCCUUACCAAAUGUUCAUUUUGCGUAAUUUCCCCUGCGCACCACAAUCGGGGUCCACUGUCGAGGGGAUCAUGAAGUCACUUCCAAUGUUUCCUGCCAGCAUUGUGCAAUCAAAGGUAUCAAACUUCUUGUCGGCACAUUUGCCUCUGAUACGGACCAAGGUCAAGAGCGUCUUGGUGAACAUUGCCGGUACCACAGCCUCGGCUUUGGGAAAGAUUCGGCAGUCGUUGUACGAUAAAACGGAUGGACUGGAGUGUAUGGAACGUUUGGACAACAAUGGUAUCUGCUCAUGGGAAGAAGCCGUUUCUGGUGUUGUGGAUGUUCAAGUUGUCCUCAGCAGUAGCCAUGGUGGUGGUGGGCCGAUUGCACACGGAGAAACAACAGCCAUCCCUUCCAAAUUUUCUCUAUGGGGAGUUUUGUUCUCUAAUACAUUCUCGUCGCUGGUGCAUUCGCUGUUGACAACAUCCUUUCAGUCUGUCCAUACCAAAGUGGUUUCCACACUUCGCGAAUCUUUGGCCAAUGCGCCUGCUCUAUCUUCUAUCCUUCCGCAUGAAGCUUACCGAAAUACACUACAUAUUGCUACAGAACUAGACUCUUCAUUGCUGAAGGUCAGUGCUGAUGCUCACGAGUUGUUGGUACAUGCUGAAGAGCGAGACGAAAGCGAACGACGUUUAAAGCAAUCCUUGUAUGUACAAACAUGUGAAAUUGUUGGUCGAUUGCUCUCCGAACUUCGACGCAUGCUACUACUGCCCGACAAAUCCCAGGCUGUCAUGAACCUCAUCGUGGGGCGUCUGUGCCAUUUGUUAAAAUAUCGUUUGACGGCAUUGCCAACUCUUUUGGACCCCAACUCGUCACCUGCCGUGCUUGCUGGUUCCAGUGGUAUGAUCUCAUUACUGGAGCUUUCGUCAGCCUUUGAAUUGGCAGAUGAUAAUGAUGAUGGAUUGAUUACAUUCCAAGAGGCGAUGGAAGCCGUUGAUAGUGCCUUUUCGGGAACCCAACACCACGGAGCCGAAAUGGUGCGAGAGACACUUCUCUUGCCAGCUGUGGGCGAGAAGGAUGUCGCGCCUGCUUCGAUGGGCGCCAAUGCCAAGGCAUACACUCCACAAGAUGUGACAUUGAAUGAGUUGACACUCCUUCUUGCUCGGGGUCUUCGACAUGAACAAUCUGGCAAACACAGUGCCUUGGGAACUGUUCAAGAGUCAUUGGAUGCAAUUAUCACCGAAUCGUUCAAUAAAUGGUCCAAGGAGGUGUUAGAUCCCUCCUCAAGCUCACUUUCCACCAGCCUCGAGAGUUCUAUUGGAAUCUUCUCCAGCUACUCGGAGGAAGAGUACAAGCGAAUUUAUGCACAUGCAGAGUCACCAAUUGCGAAUCAAGUUGGUCCGGUGGUUGGAGGCGUGUCGCCACAUGUUACAGCUUUUGUGUUGGAAUUGUCCAGUAUUCUGGAUCGAUCAGUCUGCCCAUCAGAUUCCUUGCUCCCAGUCCCAUCGGUAGAAUAUGCUACUGCUAUGGGCAUCAGUGGAGAUGAUAUUCCACGAAUGGUAGAUACUAUCCGAUGGGCACUACUGCACAAUGGUCUAGAAACUGUCACCAGUCUGCUAGAUACACAAAUUGGAUCUGAUUCCACCGAGAGAAAAACAAAGCUUUCCGAAGCAUGCCCAUCUGGGCUUAUUCAACUCUGCAAUGAUAUUUCCUUCAUUCGCACGUGCUUCUUUGUGCGAAAUACGUACUCUUUCGACAAGAAUGGUGCCGAUCACCCGUCCAAGACCAAGCUUGAUGGGUUGUACAGAGAUGUCACUUCAUUGUCUCCUGACGGAAGAAGUUCCUCAGUGGUGUCACGAAUUGAAGAGAGCCAUAGACACGUCUUCGAAGUAAGCGACCUAUUCUUAUCCUCACUCUUCGGGGAGGACAAAUCCUCGUCCGUUCCAUUGGGGGAUAUCAGCGAUAUUGGGAGCAGUAUCGGACAGGGACAAGCUUCUGGAGCAAGCUCGAUGUUCCACACUCCUGUUCCCUCUUCGUGCCGUUUCCAGUUGCUUCCUAUUCAAGCAGAUCGUACACUCAGCGGCGUCCAGGCACGUACCAAACUAAAGGAAAAGGAGGCCGAAAAUCGGGCAGAUUCCGUUGGCACGGGUGCCAUGCGAGCGGGACUAGGUUUUUUCAGCUCUAUGCUUACAAAGAACUAG